CGGACGCGCCCAGAGGACAUCUCCGUUUAUCUUCUACAAUAAUAUUAGUAUUACAAAUUGUAGGGUUUAUAAGUAGGCUAUUACAGUGUUUAUAUUUAUUAUUAAUUUACUAAUAUUUAUUGGCUUUCUAUUACGGUACAUUCCUGAAGGAUCAAUUGUUAUCGGUUCUGUAAUUGAUCACUGGAAAAUUCUUUACGACUGGGAGGGAUUGCUCUUUUUUCCCCCCCAUUCAUAUCGGAGCUGAAGAAACGGAUUUUCUUCUUUAAUUCUUGAGGAUGAACAAAGACCCUGCAAAUCCAAAGAUGAGUCGUUUUAACAUCGCUCCAGACAUGGACAGCAAUAGUUCCAACAGCGAGUACACAACUUAUCAAGACUGUCCCGCCAAAGUCCCCUUCAAUGGAAUACAAUAUACCGACGUGGACGCCGAAAGUCAGAACUUCCUGUCUGAUCACUUGGGCAAGAAGAAAUAUGAAGCUGAAUAUAGCCAUGGCUCGGCGUCUUUCGGGAUGUCCGUGUUUAACUUGGGCAAUGCCAUCAUGGGAAGCGGAAUACUGGGACUUGCUUAUGCCAUGGCUAAUACUGGCAUCGCCAUGUUUGUGAUCCUGCUGGUCGCGGUGGCCAUUUUCUCCCUGUACUCAGUCCAUUUGCUGCUCAAAACGGCCAAUGAAGGAGGUUCUCUGGUGUACGAACAGCUGGGGUACAAAGCCUUCGGGAUUCCAGGAAAACUGGCAGCGUCCUGCUCUAUCACCAUGCAGAACUUUGGAGCAAUGGCGAGCUACCUCUACAUCGUGAAGUACGAGCUGCCCAUCGUCAUUAAGGCCUUCUUAGACACCAAUGACAACGCGUGGUACACUAAUGGAGAUUACCUGGUGCUGAUAGUCACCGUCAGCAUCAUACUGCCUCUCUCGCUGCUUAAAAACCUCGGUUAUCUAGGCUACACUAGUGGUUUCUCCUUGUUGUGCAUGGUGUUCUUCGUCAUUGUGGUGAUCUACAAGAAGUUCCAGAUCCCGUGUCCACUACCUGAGAACUUCAUUAACAUCACAGUGAACGCCUCUCAGCCACAGGUCAACGCCACUGAAGAAGAAGAAGAAGAGUGCUGCAAACCCAAGUACUUCAUCUUUAACUCACAGACUGUGUAUGCGGUGCCCAUUUUGACCUUUGCGUUUGUGUGCCACCCGGCUAUCCUGCCCAUGUACGAGGAGCUCAAAGAUCGCUCCCGAAAGAAGAUGCAGAACGUUGCAAACGUGUCGUUCCUGGGAAUGUUUAUCAUGUAUCUGUUGGCAGCACUGUUCGGAUACCUGACCUUCAACGAGGCCGUUGAACCCGAGCUUCUGCACACUUACUCAAAGGUCUACAGUUUCGACGUGGUGCUUCUGAUCGUGCGUUUCGCCGUCCUGACCGCCGUGACGCUCACCGUGCCCGUGGUUCUCUUCCCGAUCCGCACCUCAGUCAACCAGCUGCUCGGAGCCUCGAAAGACUUCAGCUGGCCUCGGCACAUCGGCAUCACCGUCGCCCUGCUCGUCUGCGUCAACAUCCUCGUCAUCUUCGUCCCCACCAUCAGGGACAUUUUCGGAUUCAUCGGAGCGUCCGCUGCUGCUAUGCUGAUCUUCAUCCUCCCUUCAGCCUUCUACAUCCGACUGGUGGAGAAGGAGUCCAUGAGAUCUGUGCAGAAGAUCGGGGCGUUGCUGUUCCUCAUCAUGGGAGUCGUGGUGAUGAUCUGCAGCAUGACUUUAAUCAUCCUGGACUGGAUCCACAACGCAGGGUCUUCAGACGACCACUCCGACGGCCACUAGUGGGCGUGUCCUAACGCUAAUUGACAUGCAGAAGGGGCGGAGCCUAUCCGCUGACUCUGCAACUGAGAACUAGAAGAAGCUGCUCUUAAUAUCAGCGCAGAGCAAAAGACAAACAUCCCAUUCUGAGAGAAUGUCCUGAACUUUGUACAGUAUGCUGUUAGGCCACACAGAUGGUGAUCCACUCGUAUUGUUGUGCUUCUUUUUCCGUUUUUUGUCGAU